GUUAUAGUAUAAAAACAUAAUUAAUUAAAAUACGACAUUUUAAAUAAUUUUACGAAUUUGGCAACAGUAAAGAACAUGCACGCAGUUUAUAAGUCAAUAUUUCCGAUAAUUUAAUAUAGUAAAUUUCGUGAAUUUGAAGCUCUAGAUUUUGUUUUGUAGGUGAAUUGUAAUGGCAGUGAAACAGAUUGGAUAUGAUUUUUGGGAUAAUGUUUUGAAAAGUCCAAAAUAUGUUGCAGCUCCUAUGGUCGAUAUGAGUGAGUUGUCUUUUCGGAUGCUCUGCCGUAGUUAUGGAUCUGAUCUUUGUUUUACUCCUAUGCUUCAUAGUCAGCAGUUUAUACAAGACUCCUUGUAUCGUCAAGAUACAUUUUCAACUUGUGCUGAAGAUCGUCCCUUAAUUAUUCAAUUUUGUGCCAAUGAUCCUAUUACAUUUGUUAACGCGGCAUCUAUGGUUUCUUCUAAGUGUGAUGGUAUCGAUUUAAAUUUGGGUUGCCCUCAAGCAAUAGCAAAAAAAGGCCAUUAUGGAGCAUUUUUGCAAGAAGAUUGGGAAUGCAUCCACAGUAUAGUCCAAAAAGCUGCUAAUGAGCUUUCUGUUCCUGUUACAUGCAAAAUGAGAAUUUUACCAGGAAAUUUUAGAAAAUCAGUUGAAUAUGCUAAGAUGUUAGAAAAUUCUGGCUGUUCUGUUUUGACAGUGCAUGGUAGGACCAGAAAGCAAAAGGGGCAUGCAACUGGUCUUGCAUCUUGGGAUGUUAUUAAAGAAAUAAAAGCAAAUGUAAAAAUUCCUGUCAUUGCAAAUGGAAAUAUAUUAUCAUUUGAUGAUGUUAAGAAUUGUUUAGAAUAUACUGGAGCUGAUGCUGUCAUGUCUGCUGAGGGUUUACUUCAUAAUCCUGCAUUAUUUACGGGAAAAAAUCCACCAGUUUGGGAGAUAGUUGAUGAAUAUUUGAAACUUGCUGAAAGGUAUAGCACAUCAAUUAGGUGCGUGCGCUGUCACUUGUUUAAAAUAUUAUAUUUAUGCUUGCAUCAAGAUGACAAUGUACGCCAAAUAUUAGCUGAAGGCUCUUCCUAUUCUGAUUUCUACAAAGUGUGUAAUAUAUUGAAGAACUUGCCUAGUAAAAUAUUAAAGGAAUAUGAUGGAGAUGGAGAUGUGUUUGAUUAUGAUUUGCAUAAAUUGUCUGACAGUUUAUUUACUACACAUGAAAACAGAUCUGGAUUUAUUUCAAAUUGCAAUUCAAAACUGGCCAAAACUGACUGUGAUAUUUUAAGCAAUCAUUUCUUUAGUUCUGAUGAUUCUGAUGGCAGUGAUUCAGACAUUGAAGAUAGAGAAAGCUGUUUGUCAGUUGAGAGAACUCUAACUAAUGAAAUGAAAAAGAAGUGUACUUUAAAUUUGCCAGUUUGGAUAUGUCAUUCAAGACCAAGAAUUACUGAUAAUGAGGAGACAAGGGGUUCUUAUAGUCACUAUUUUAAUCUUCCAGAAAAAAAGGACCAUACUAAUGAAGAACAUGGAUUAUCUAAAAAAAAAUUGAGGAAACUUAGACGCCAUGAACGAGUUCUUGCAGCUAUGAAGGAAAAAAGGAAAAUUCAGAAAUUGCGUAGGAAACUGAAAAUUGCAGAGUUAAAACAGAAUCAAGUUCCAGAAACUAAUGAUGUACCAAAGGAAAAAGUGACAAAAAAGCAGCAAAAAUUAUUAAUUAAGGAGCGUUUAUUGAAAGCUCAAGGUUCUUCUCCUAAAGUGUGUAUUAACUUAGGUUUUGCCUCAGAAAUGGAAAAAAAGGAACUGAAUCGCUUAUCUUCUCAGCUUCGUCGACUGUAUGGCUCUAAUAGGCACAGCAGUUCACCUCUUCAUCUGAUUUUUUGUAGUUUUAGUUCAUCUGAUGAACUUUAUCAGAUAUGUCAACGUAAAAAUGAUGGAUUUUCUUCUUAUGUGGUUGAGAUGUCAGAGAAAGCACCAGAAGAACUGUAUGAAAUAGAAGAUUUAAUUUAUCUAUCUCCUGAUGCUGAAGAUGUUUUGACCACAUUAGACAGCAGUAAAGUGUAUGUAAUUGGAGGAAUAGUUGAUGGCACUGUCAAAAAGGUAUAAAAGUUUCUUUUUUUU